GUCCAGCUGCCCGCCUGAUCAGAAGUGGCUUCGGUUGCGGUUGGCUGGCUGUCAGUCUCUGGGAGCGGUGACAGCUGAACGGGUCGUUUUAUCUUUAGCUUUGUGCCCAAUACAGUCGCCACAAUGUUUGAGGAAGCCAGCGAGGUGUUCGAUAACAUGUUUAAAUCUUCAUUUCCCCUCACCUUCAUCGUCUUCAUCCCGGCGGUGCUGAUCCUGGUGUCUCCGCUCCCGGCCGAGGCGUCGCACGAGUUCACGGUGUACCGCAUGCAGCAGUACGACCUACAGGGACAGCCGUACGGUACCAGGAAUGCCAUCCUGAACACGGAGGCCCGUACUGUGGAGGCAGAGGUGCUAAGUCGUCGCUGUGUAAUCAUGCGGCUGGCGGACUUCUCCUAUGAUAAGUACCAGAAAGCCCUGCGCCAGUCAGCGGGGGCUGUGGUCAUCAUCCUGCCAAGGAACAUGUCUGCUAUGCCGCAAGACAUAGUGCAGCAGUUCAUGGAGUUGGAGCCUGAGAUGUUGGCUACUGAGACCAUCGUCCCCGUCUACUUCGCCAUGGAGGAUGAUGAGCUGCUGUCUAUCUACACACAGACCCUGACCUCCUCGUCCUCACAGGGCUCCUUGUCAGCAGCCGAAGUCCUGCUGCAUACGGCCACAGCCAACGGCUUUCAGAUGGUGACCAGUGGAGCUCAGAGCAAAGCCGUCAGUGACUGGGCCAUCACCAGUUUAGAGGGCCGUCUGGCUGGAGUUGGAGGAGAGGACCUCCCCACCAUCGUGGUGGUGGCCCAUUACGACUCCUUUGGUGUUGCUCCGUGGCUGUCAUAUGGAGCAGACUCAAACGGCAGUGGAGUGUCCAUGUUACUGGAACUGGCCCGACUCUUCUCCAAACUCUACACCUACAAGAGGACGCACGCUGCGUACAACCUGCUGUUCUUUCUGUCCGGUGGAGGAAAGUUUAACUACCAGGGCACCAAACGCUGGCUGGAGGACAAUUUAGACCACACAGACUCCAGUCUGCUGCAGGAUAACGUAGCCUUUGUGUUGUGUCUGGAUACUUUGGGGAACGGAGACUCUCUGCACCUCCAUGUGUCCAAACCUCCCAAAGAGGGAACCCCUCAGUAUUCCCUGCUGAAAGAGCUGGAGGCGGUGAUUACGAGUCAGUAUCCAGAGGUCAAGUUCUCCAUGGUCCACAAGAAAAUCAACCUGGCUGACGACAUGCUCGCGUGGGAGCACGAACGUUUUGGGAUCCGCCGCCUGCCCGCCUUCACUCUGUCCCACCUGCCCUCGCACCGCCUGGCUCAGCGCUCCAGCAUCAUGGACGUGCGGUCAGUGUCCCCCUCCUCUCGCCACGGAGCGGGAGAGCCCCCUGCUGGGCCUCACGUAGAUGUGAAGAAGCUCAGCAGGAACACCAAGCUGGUAGCAGAGGCUCUGGCGAGGGUCGUCUACAACCUUACAGAAAAGGGAGCACCUGGAGACCUGCAGAUUUUCACUGAGCAGAUGCAGGUGCAGGAGGAGCAGCUGUCAGCCGUGGUGGACUGGCUCACGGCGCAGCCCAGAGCUGCUCAGCUGGUGGACAAAGACAGCACGGUGGUGUCCACCCUUGAGUAUCACCUGGGACGCUACCUCAAGGAUGUCAAAAGACACUACGUCAAAGCUGACAAGAGGGAUCCAGAGUUUGUGUUUUAUGACCAGCUGAAGCAGACGAUGAAUGCUUACAGAGUGAAGCCCGCUAUCUUUGACCUGCUGCUGGCUGUCUGCAUCGCAGCCUACCUGGGGAUGGUGUAUUUGGCUAUCCAGAACUUCGGACUCCUGUACAGUGUUGUCCGUAGAAUCACUCAACCCAAGGCCAAGGCCCACUAAGGCGUGCAGCAGCGUUUAUUGCCCCGGACCCUACUGUACCCUUUUUCCUCAAAUUCAAUAAACUCUAGCCAAUAAGACACUGAGGCUGGACCGA